AUGACGCCCGCGGAGAAAACACAGGCAAGCGGCUCCGAGUUUGAAGUCAGCUCCCAGGAGCAGUCAGGCCAAUAUGUCGACAAGCGCUCCAAGACUUUUGAUGCCAUCCAGGUGGCACUCUCCAGCUUGAGUUUGCUCUGUGGUCUCGUUGUCCUUGGAACGUCCUCAAGCGUUGCGUCAGUCUACAGCUCGACACAUCUGCCCAUCGAGCUGGACCUCCCACUAUGGCCUGAGGACUUUGACAUUCGCCCAACCAACGCCCUGAUUGCCGGAGGUGUUUUGGUCGCCGUGGUGAAUUUCGUGGCUCUGGCGUUCGCCAAAAUUCAGAAGCUCCAGAAACUUCAGAUGGCGCAGCGUAUCGUCACCUUCGCGGCUCCGAGUAUUGGAUUUCUGUCGGUCUUCGUGGCCGUCGUGCUGUUCUACUCGGUCAACGCCUCAACCACCACAGAUACCGUGCACAGUUGGAGCUGCCAGUGGGACUACACCCCUAUGAGCACCAAGCCCUAUUUUGAUUCGGUGUGCAAAGAGAGCAAGACCGCGCUGUAUCUCUCCAUCAUCCUGAUACCGGUUGAGGCUGCUGCACUCGGGCUGGGGCUGUACCGCAUGCUCUUGGAGAGGAAAGCAUUGCAAAGCAACCCAGCGAGCAAAUCCAGCAGUCCUUCGCUAGCGUAA